GAUGGUAUUUAGUGUCUCAUACUACAACAUCUUUCGACGCGACUAUCGAGCACGACUCAAGAAGUGAUAAAACUCUUGUCAUAUAACAAGAUGUUGCCUCUAUCACUGCUGACUGCAGCCCAAAACAAACCUAUGCUUGUAGAGUUGAAAAAUGGCGAAACAUUCAACGGCCACCUCGUCAAUUGCGAUAAUUUCAUGAACAUAACACUACGGGAGGUGUACCAAACGAGCGCAGACGGGGAUAGAUUCUGGAAGUUGAAGGAAUGCUAUAUCCGCGGCAGCACCAUAAAAUACCUGCGUGUACCGGACACGUUGUUAGACACUGUAAAAGAGGAGCAAACCCGAGCACGAGAAGCUGGCCGAAGUGCGCGGGGAGGAGGAGGUGCAGGAAUGCGAGGAGGCCGAGGUACUCCAUCAAGAGGAGGCCGUGGAGGUUCAAGAGGUAGCGGACAACGUGGUCGAGGGCGUGGACGGGGAGGUUAGAUUCCCGCCGCGAUCAUCAUCCUGUGCAAUUUCACUUCAGGGUGUCAUACAUGACCCAUGCGUCCCCACUCCCACACGUGUCAUUAUUCAGUACUCAGUGCCGGAAUAAUUACAGUAUGUUGUCUCCUGACCAUUACUUACUAAGAACGUGCAUAGUCAAAUAGUGCAUUUCCUUCGGACCCGCAUCCUUGCACAGCUCAUAUUUUAGGUGUCCCUCGGCUCUCCAUCUUGCUAAAAGUGGGUUGCUUUGGAAAUGUGCUUCUCGGCGCGUGCACGAGUUCCCUGAGCGUUUAUCAUUAGCACGCAGUGUGCUUCUCUUCCAUCGUGGUGUGGCGGGUCUAGAUCUAAUUUAGUGUCUGCUUUCAUGAACCAAUAUAUCGAAGGCCGCUAUUCGCCUCGAUAACACCUGUUACAUCGC